UGGUAUUUUACUUAGCACAAACUUGCAUGCCUCUGUUCUACCAACAACAAUCACAAGAUAAUUAAACAUUUUGCCUAUCAGCAAACAGCAAAAUUGGACAUGUUUCAAGCAACUUUUAAGCGCAAUUGUUCAUGGAAAAGUAGAUGGCAGAACAAGAACAUUCCUACCGGCCAAGUUAGCGAAGAAGUCAAAACGUUUCUGGCAGCUCUCCCAAAAGUUGUUGAUGCGCUAACUACAAGCGCAAGCUGUUACGGUUCACCACAGUUUACAAAACGCUAUAAGGAAUUAAUAGAAUUCACGGUAUUGAAGGAGCACAGAUUUAGACCGCCCAUAUUACUUGACGCUUAUAAAGCUCUGGAGUUACCGCAAAAUUUUAGUAAGGAAAAGUGGGAGUUGGUGGUUAUGUUUGCUUGGAGUUUAGAACUUACACAAACCGCGAUGGUCGUCCAGGAUGACACUUGGGAGCAGCAGGAAAGUCGUUGGAACGAAGUCUGUUGGCACAAAAUGCCAAAUGUCGGACUAAUUGCUAUAAAUGAUUCAAAUCUUUUGUACGAAUCGGCAUUUGCCAUUGUGAAGAAGUACUUUUCCGGUUUGCCAGAGUAUACGUCUCUGGUAGAGCUACUUCACUACAUGAAUUUGGUAACAUCAAUCGGCCAAUCAAUGGAUUGGGAGUGUAGGCAAAAUGGCAAACCGAUCUAUGAGUCAUUUAACAUGGAUCUAUAUCGUGAAAUUGCACGUCGUAAAGGAGGUACCGCAAUAGUUGAGGGGCCUUUCAUGGGUGCUUUGGCGCUUACUUACAAUUUACCACUGCUGGAAUACGUGAGGGACAUUCUGUCCGAACUUGGUGUAGCAUUUCAGAUUGAUAAUGACGUAGUGGACCUCUACGAUAAAAAUGGCAAACCUAAGAAUCCCAUAGGAACUGACCUUUGUGAAGGGAAACCCACAUGGAUGGCUAUUAAGGUUAUCGAAACCGCAGACGAAAAUAUGAAUAAAGUCUUUAGGGAAAAUUACGGUCGACCGGAACCGGAAUGCGCGCAGACAAUUCUUAAGAUUUACGAUGACUUGAAGAUAUUCGAUCGAUAUCUCGAUUAUCGUGUUCAAACUCAAAAAGAUAUAAAGAAACGAGUAAGCCGAAUGCCUUCCGGGUUGGGAAAUGCGAUUUUGUCUACGGCGAAUAACGUAAUUCCGAGGUUGUUAGACGAUUAAUUAUAUAAUUGGUGU